UAUUUAGUUACUUUCCACCACUGAUGGUAAUAUUCGUAUGGGCAGCGAUCGUAGGCCUACUGCAGUCUACUGUUUACUGUCUGCAGGCUGCAUCACAAUGAAGCGUGUCCUCGUCUGACCCGGGCGGAAAUGCUGUAACAUCAGCGGACCAGUUUCUCUGUGCUCCGGAGCGCUUCUCCCAGCGGCUCCUCAACGGACACACCGCCCUGUGGACAGGAAAGGACGACCCUUGGCUAAAUAUAUUUCAGUGUCUCAGACCUGUGCUGUUAUGCCCGCUGUCACCCCGGUUCCCAGCGCUUGCGCUAGUCCUCUGCAGCUGACGUCACACCCAGCAUGGCGGUCAAGGUGCAAGCAAUAAAAAGAGCAGACCCCCAUGACUUGAAGACUAUUUUUCUGAAGUAUGCCAGUGUGGUGCAGGAUGGAGAGCAUUACAUGACUCCCAGGGACUUUGUACAGAGUUACCUGGGUCUGCAUACACAGCCUGAACAUAAUCCCAGAACUGUGGAGCUGAUAGCUGGAGUGGCCGACACCACUAAGGAUGGACUGAUCUCCAUCCAGGAGUUUCUGGCCUUUGAGUCCGUUCUAUGUGCCCCAGAUGCUCUGUUCAUAGUUGCCUUUCAGUUGUUUGACAAGACUGGCACAGGGAACAUCUCAUUUGAGAAUGUGCGUGACAUCUUCAGCCAGACCUCAGUUCACCACCACAUCCCCUUCAGCUGGGACUGUGACUUCAUCAGGCUACACUUCGGCCAUGAAAGAAACAAGCACCUCAGCUAUGCAGAGUUCACCCAGUUUCUGCAGGAGCUGCAGCUGGAGCAUGCCCGCCAGGCUUUUGCACAAAAGGACAAGAACAAAAGUGGCACCAUCACUGCCUUGGACUUCAGCGACAUUAUGGCCACCAUCAGACACCACAUGCUGACUCCAUUUGUCGAGGAGAAUCUGGUUUCAGCUGCAGGAAGCAGCACAUCCCACAUGGUGAGCUUCUCCUACUUCAAUGCCUUUAACGCCCUCCUCAACAACAUGGAGCUGAUCCGCAAGAUAUACAGCACCCUCACCGGCACACACAGAGACACACUUGUUACCAAAGAGGAGUUUGUUCAUGCUGCCAUUAGGUUUGGUCAAAUCACUCCAAUGGAGAUCGACAUCCUGUACCAGCUCUCCGGGCUUCACUCUCACUCUGGGCGGCUGAACCUCGCAGACAUUGAGAGGAUAGCCCCGCUGGAGGAAGGAGCCAUGCCGUACCACCUAGCAGAGACCCAGAGACAGUACACUCAUGAAAUGUCUCGGCCUGUCUGGCUCCAGGCUGCAGAGUCUGCCUACAGGUUUACCCUGGGCUCAAUCGCUGGAGCCGCCGGUGCCACGGCUGUGUACCCCAUCGACCUGGUGAAGACGCGCAUGCAGAACCAGCGCUCCACUGGCUCCUUUGUAGGAGAGCUGAUGUACAAGAACAGCUUUGACUGUGCAAAGAAAGUGCUUCGGUACGAGGGCUUCUUCGGAUUCUACAGAGGUCUCCUCCCGCAGCUCAUUGGUGUUGCCCCGGAGAAAGCUAUCAAACUCACGGUGAAUGAUUUUGUCAGAGACAAGUUCACCACACAAGAUGAUACCAUCCCUCUCCCUGCAGAGAUUCUCGCUGGUGGAUGUGCUGGAGCUUCCCAGGUGAUUUUCACAAAUCCUCUAGAGAUCGUUAAGAUCCGUCUGCAGGUGGCGGGAGAGAUCACUACAGCGCCCAGGGUCAGCGCCCUGAGUGUUGUGAGAGACCUGGGCUUCUUUGGCCUUUACAAGGGAGCCAAAGCUUGCUUCCUGCGUGACAUCCCCUUCUCUGCCAUCUAUUUCCCUGUUUAUGCCCACACCAAGGCGAAGCUGGCAGAUGAGGAAGGAAGGCUGGGGGCACUGCAGCUGCUUACUGCUGGAGCUAUUGCUGGUGUACCGGCGGCUUCGCUAGUGACCCCUGCUGAUGUCAUCAAGACCAGGCUCCAGGUGGCAGCCCGAGCAGGCCAGACGACAUACAGCGGAGUCAUUGACUGCUUCAAGAAGAUCCUCAAAGAAGAAGGCUUCCGGGCAUUUUGGAAGGGUGCAGGAGCUCGUGUCUGCAGAUCUUCACCACAGUUUGCUGUAACCCUGGUGACCUAUGAACUGCUGCAAAGAUGGUUCUAUAUUGACUUUGGAGGACAUCGUCCUGCUGGUUCUGAGCCCACUCCCAAACCCACGAUCAAGGACCUUCCCUGUGUAACUGCAGACCACGUGGGCGGUUACCGUCUGGCUGCGGCGACCUUUGCUGGCGUGGAGAGAAAGUUUGGUCUGCACCUGCCAAAGUUCAAACCCUCUGGAGAGGUGACAAGCAAAUCCGCGGGGUCCACAGCAGAACCGCAGGCUUCAUAAACCAUCGCUCGCCGUGACCACAAGGGUUGCAUGCUCCUCUUGUUGUUUGGUCCAGACUUGCUUUAAUGAAUGUUUCGAUUCAAUGUAGUCGUGUUACAUCGAACGCUGCACGAGUUUUGCUUUGUUUUUUCUUUUCAUAGCUUGCACAAUUUUAUUGUACAUAUUGUACUUCUCUACAGAGGCACAUUAUGGUAUUACGGAGCAUUGUUACUGCAUUUUCCUGGUGUGCAAUAGCUUUGGUGUGCAUGUGUCAGUUGUAUUUCAGAGGCACAAGGAUGUACAGAUGUUUUCAAAAGUCUAUUUUGAAAUCAUGACCAGGAACUUUGGAAAUAAUUUAAAUGUAUUUAUUGUAUUUUAUUGAAAUAAAUCAUUCAAACUGUUUGUUUCUACUGUGUGAAAAGUACAGUCUCAGGUUUGACACCAAGCUUUGAGAUUCUUGUGGAAACAAAUGAUCUCUGUUCUGAUCCCAUUAACGUUCAUCACAGAUCUGGAAAUCACUGAGCAGUUACAGCAUUGACGAUAUUCCAGCUAUCUUAAGUCUAGUCAGCUGCACUGAUUAAGUGGAAUCUGAUGCAGUAUACAGUAUAAAGUAGAAAGACAUGUGGAUCUUGGACAUUCCAGUAUUAUACAAAUAAGUGAACAUUUGGGGUAAUCAAGUCAAAGGGAACAGAGAUGACAACAUGGGCUACAGCUGUGAGAUGUUUACAUUCCUGGAUCUUCAAAGAUGUGAUUGCUUUGCUACAACUUUGGUAGAAAUGGAGAACAGGUUUGAGUGUUUUUAAUGAAUAUGCAGAGUGGAGUACCUACAGUAACUCAAAAUUAAGGCUCGUGUUAAUGUGCUGUAAAUAAAGACAAGUAGGGGUUUUACAAUCAAGAUUCAAAUUAAACCUUAAGGCAUCUGGUUAUA